ACCCGAAAACCCGGCCCUAAUAUUUCCGGUUGCUUCUUCAUUCUCAGCAGGUUUCUCGCAGUCAUAGACUCAAAGACAAACUCCGCGGCGGGAACGCAUCCACUCUUCCAAAAUCCUCACUCUCUUCUCAGUUCCGCCCGUACUUCAAAUUCCGGAGGCCUUUCUAAUGGAGGACAAGAUCGCUACAGCAGAGAAGAAGGUGCUCGUCGAGAUGGUGCGGUUGACCCAAAAGCGAGGAAUGAAAGGUAGUGAAGGAGACUGGAAGGAGUUUCUUAAUAGUCAUGACCCUAAGUUCGGGGCUAGCAUGAGCGACCCGUCCAAGAGGCCCAAUGAUUUGUUGAUUGCUUUUCUCAAGACAUUUAAUAAAGAGGAUGAUAUGAUGUUUUUGGACAAAAUAAUCCAGUGUAACGAGAAGCGCAAUUUUGUGAAGCAAGUAUCGCAGAAAACUCCAGAAAAUGAAUCACCCGAGCAGAAGCUGGUUCGGCUUACACUUGAACACCCACAGUACCCGUUGGAAUAUUCGUUUCCAUCAUAUGAUAAGGAAUGGAUUGUCACAAAAUUCAGUCAAAAGUCUAAAGCACCGAAAUCAAAUUCGAUUUAUGCCAUUGACUGUGAGAUGGUUCUCUGUGAAGAUGGAACUGAGAACUUGGUGAGGGUUUGCAUGGUGGAUCGUGACUUACAAGUGAAGAUUGAUGAACUUGUAAAACCUAGAAAAGCUAUUACGGACUACAGAACUGAUAUCACUGGAAUUUCUCCUGGGGAUUUGGAUGGAGUUUCUUGUUCUUUGGCUGAUGUACAGAAAUCCAUUACAAAAUUGCUUUCACAUGGAAGAACUAUUUUGGUAGGCCACAGUCUGAACAAUGAUCUGCGAGCACUGAAAUUAGAUCACUCGAGGGUGAUUGACACUUCCUUUAUCUUCAAGUAUUCCAAUGGAUCUAUCUAUAGAAGGCCAUCUUUGAGUAAGUUGUGUAAGUCUAUCUUGGGCUAUGACCUUCGGAAGGAGGGUGCUCCACAUAAUUGUUUGGAUGAUGCUCGGGCUGCCAUGAAACUUGUUCUUGCAAAACUAGAGAGCAAAGCUGAUGAUGCGAUUGCCAUAGCCGAUGAGGAUACACCUCAAACUGGUAUGGAGAAGUUACUUCUUCAUCGAAUACCAAUUCAUGUACCAAGUGAAACAUUAGCUGGAGUUAUUCGUGGUGACUUUACCAUCGAACUUAAGCCACCUAAGAAAGGUCAAGGGGGGGAUAUAUACUCUGCAUUUGCCGUUUUUAAGAAUCCCAAGGAGGCACAGCAAGCAUUUGAAGAGAUUGAAGGUAGUGCAGAUGAGGACUCAUCUGGACGGCCUCAGAAGCUCAUCAGAUUUCAACAUUCAGGAUCCAUAGUCAGUAUCUACGUUCGCAAAAUGGGACAAAAGGAUUUUGCUGACAAAUUCUCAUCUAGGAAGAGAGAUCUGGAGGUGAUUGAAAACCUAGUCAUGGCCAAAAAGCAGAAGACUGACCAUAAAAUGGAAAUGGAGACGAUUGCAAACUCGAGUAGAUGUUGUGACCACGUAGAGGAGGUUGAAAAAUUGAAGCAAGAAUUGAAACAAAAGGAGGAUUCGAAUCACUGUUGUGAUCACUUGAAAGAGGUUGAGAGCCUGAAGGAAGAAUUGAGAAGGAAGGAUUAUGAACUUGGUAUCCUGCGUAAAGCUAUCGCCAUUGUGAAGAAGGAUAGCAGAAGGAAAAAAGGAAAGAAGAGGCACUAGUGCCUUUAUGUGAAUUGCAGUGAAAUUUGAAAGGGUUUAUGGUGAGAUUAUCGGAUCAUCACGGACAAAUUCCAUCCUUUUAUUAUGCUAAGAUUCAAUGGGAUGAUCGACUAGGCAGCUGCCAAUCCAAUUCCCUACCGUGGGGCAAAUAAUCUGACAUAAUUUAUGCAAAGACUCGGUUUCGUCGUUGUAGAUUACUGAACCAAUCUCGUAGGGGCAAGAGAGAAAGGGCUUCAACUUCCUGGUGUUAUCGCUGAAGAACCGUGUCGUGUAGGUUUCCUCCAAGUGCUUCAAUAGGCCAAGAGGUUAUUUUUGUUUCUUUUUGUGCACCAAGUCCUUUUAUUUUUCAAAUCUUCUUUUCAUGUCUCGGCUGUCUAAUUCCUGCUAGAAAUUUAAAUUUUUAUUUAGGCAAUCUGUCUCAGUUUUCAAUUGUAUCAGAGAAGAGGCCAAUGUUUCAAAUGAUUGAGAAGACAUCCAAUGUCAUAUUUAACGUUUGACAUUAUUCAAUUUAAUUAGAUGAACUAA